AAGCGGGAAGACUCGGACGCGGCUCUGACUCCAGCAUCUGUUUUUUUUUUUUUUUUUUUUUUUACGCUCGCAAGGAUUCUUUCUCCGUCUUCUCCCUCUUCACCGUGGCUUUGUGCGAACAGAAGAGCGGUUAUAUAAUGGGUCCUGAAGCGCAGUCAGCGAGUGCGUCCGUGCGCUGCCCGACUGGGUUGAUAACAACAAAGAGCAGGUUGUUUCCGCUUCACUCAAAGUUCGCGCUGGAAGUGUUCAAGUCACCGGAAUAUUCCGUCUGAGGCUCCGGAUAUUGUGGCAAACCUGUUGGAUUCGAGGGGAUGGGGAUCAGUGCUGGACUCUUCGUGUUGCCUCGCCGCUCCUCGGGAUUUAACUUGACGCUCUCCAUCUAGGUCAAAUGUCCCGCGCGUGAGAAGCCUUUGCUGUGACAUGGAGAAAGCGGCUCUCUACUGCCUCUUGAACAACUUGACUCUGCACGUCAUCUUGUCAAUGGCCGCCGUGUUCACUGAGAUCCCUAAAGACGUGAGUGUUGGCGAGGGAGAGGAUGUGGAGAUGCCCUGUGCAUUCCAGGCCUCCAGCGCUGCGCACGUGUCUCUGGAGAUCCAGUGGUGGUACCUGAAGGAUGAAGUGGCUGAGCAGCAGAUCAGCUCCCCUGACCACGGGACCCAGAUUAUUCCAAGAGAAGCCACAAAAAUAAGCACGGUGCGGGUGCAGGGCAACGCCAUCUCUCACCGCCUGAGCCUGUCCAGAGUGAAGAAAGAGGACGAGGGGGUGUAUGAAUGCAGGGUGUCCGACCUGUGGGCCAGCGAGACUCAGGAAUUCACCGUCCACGCGGCGCUGCACGUCUCUGCGGGCAAGGACAUGGUGGCUGAGGAGGCCGUCUCGCACAUCCAGAACCGCUGGCCUUCGAGGAACGCCAACACAGUGCCUGGGAGCGCCGGGGCGGGGAGGGGGACGUCGGAGCCGUGCCAGGCCCUGGCAGACGGUCAGAGGUCAGGACAAGGGAAGUAUCUGGUCCCGCGACUGACGCAGCCAGGCCUCCUCGCCUCAGGCUUAUCCUCCACAGCCUGGGUUGCAAAGUCCUCCGCACCAUCACCAACGGGGACCUCAGCCAUCCUUCAGUGGCACCACACAGCUGGUAGCAAAGCAGUCCACUGGCCUGUCCUCUGCGUCACGCUCCUGGUCCAGUACGAGGUCCUGUCCUCGCUGUUGGCCCACUGAAGACACUGAAGACCUCCAAGCCCAGUCCACACCUCCUCACUCACUACACCAGACACACAGACCUGAGACAGAUGCAACAGUUCGGCUGAGGAGGGCGGGUGGAGGACAAGUCGCUGGGAUGAAGAUAGCAAGCCACCGACAGUCCUGACCCCUCCCUUCAUGCAGAGAACACCCACCUGCUGUUGUCCAUUCGUACUGUGCUUCCAUCAGAUGAUCACUGAGGCUGGGACUGAGGCUCCUGGUCAACCAAGCUUCCAUCAGCACGUUCUCUCCAACCGUCUUUUUCUUGCUGUGUAAACAGUUUGCUGAGUUCUUUUGCAUCUGUUCCACACUGGUGAAAUUGCAGCUCCGUGAUGUGACAGUGGAAAGAUACGUGCCGGAGGUGCCAGAUGAUUUUUGACUGAAGCACGGCUGCACUUUGACAAGUAGAAGAAGAAGAAGAAGAAGAUGAUGAAGAAGAAGCUCAGUCUUCAGUCACUGAGCUGUUGCUGAGUCAGCACACGUUCAUGGAAGAGGAGCAGAUGAGAACCUCAUGGUUUGUUUGAUUCAUGUGUUUUAUUGGACAAAAUUGUUACUAUCGUUGCUGGGAGAUGAAUAGUGGCAGCUCUUUUUCAGUUGUGACAUCCGUUUCUGUCUCUCACUGUGGAACGUCUUCAUCUGAAUGUCUGUCUUGGUUUUAACUGUCGUCUAAUGCAACACCGUGUGUAUAACGUUUCAUUCUGACAAAGUCACAGUGCACUCCCAGCUUGUUUUGUGGCACAGUUUUCAGUUGGUAUAUCACAAGACUGACCUGUUGUGGACGCACAUCGAGGGAGGGUGAAGGCAGGUCGGACCAGGUGGAGGCCACUGUCAGGGGUGACAGAAGGGUACUAGCUAGCGUGAAAGGGAAGCUCCCGAGGACAGUAGUGUGGCUCGCCGUGGUGUAUAGGGUGUCAAACGUGGGUUGAAGAGUUGAUGAAACAGUGUCUUGGUUUUCAGAGGCCACCAGGUAGCGCUGUCUUCUGUAGAAUGUUUGGACUUGAACCACUCAUUCAAUGAAACCUCACAUCAUUUCUAAACCAAGAGCGCCACCUAGUGGCCUCUGAACAUGAGGACGCUGUUUCAUCAACCCUGCCAUACUGUUUCAUGAAGCCUCAGCUGCCAUUACUAGGGACCAGGGAGCUCAAAGUUGGGGACAAAAGGAGGAGGAGACAGAGAUGAGCAGUAACAUGAUCUGUCAUUGUGGAAUUUUAUGUAAAAGUGUCGCAUCUUGACAUAAUAAAAGACACAAUUCUUGGAUUACAAGCCUGAAAUUGUUGGCACAUGCAUGUUUGACUGGGGACACAAGUGUGACCUCACUGCUCAGUUCACUGAAGCACUUUGGCCUGCAACUGACUCUCAGCACAACAGCAGGUUUGCAUUUUGUCAGACAUUACUGAGUCUCCCGUAGUUACAAAAAAUAAAAAUUGAAACAGUGGAAAUCCAGGCCAGACCAUUAGUACUAUGGGGGGUUAU